GUCAUGUGCUCAUCUCGACAGCGAAACAUCACAAAAAUGGUUUGUGCUAGUAUGAACUCGUAAACGACACAUUUUGACAUUUUUACAUCCCUGGCAUCAUGGGAAAGACUUUGGACGAGUGCUACGAGGUUUUGGGUUUGGAUUUUAACGCAACAGAAGGUAUGUUACCCGAUAAACGAGAGAGAGUGCUGGAUUUAGUGUGUGGUUUUCACACCUUUUCAGUCAUCAUGUAGCGGAAUGCAUGUUAUACUAGCUAUUGCAAGUUUACAGUCUUAUGUUUAGAAUCAUGCUUUUCUCAGUUGAAAGCAGCGAAUUAUCAAGGAAUUCUGAACAGCAAGCGCGAAAUUACUUUCAUAUGAAACAGACAACCUGCGAGCAAAACAGCUGCCUUCAUUCUGGCUCUUUAGUCUGUUAAAAGCUUAUCUGUCAUGAAUCAAGUGAAAUAUCCUUCUCUUUUUCAGCUGAAAUCAAGAGUGCCUACAGACAAAAAGCUCUUAAGUGUCACCCUGAUAAGGUACUGUGGAAUCUUUUUAUUUUAAAUAUUAUUAGUUUAAGUGCCAUAUUAUUUAUCUGCAAGAGGACUAACGAUUAUACGACCUCCCUAUGGAUGAGCAGUUUCCUACGACAACUCACCUUUUUGUCCAAACCCUUCCGCUUUGGACACUCAUCCAUGGGGAAGGGGCAAUAAAUAAAAAUUGCUCAUCCCAAGGCACUCAUCAAAUUACUUUUCUAUAUGCUUGCAACAGCCACCCCAUUUAAAUCCUCGAAGAUCCCUUUUAACACCAGAGCACUGUCUUCAAAUUUACUCCAACCAAAAGGAGAUUAAGCAUAUCUCACCCUCCAAUAUCAGAGCCAGUGCUGAAACUGCUCUCCCCACUUACACAAUGUACUCCAUUUCUCUCCCAACCAGUACUAAGGGCUUUUAAAGUUGGUUGUCCCCUAAGCCUCGCGAGUUUCUGCGAUUCACGUAUUUCUAGUUCUAGUAAUAAGCGAAGGUUAUAGAGUGGGGGCAACACCCAUCGAAGGUCAAAAUGUUGUGGCUCCAAUGGUAUGCUUUGCAUAAGUUUUACACGAUAGAUAGUUAAAACAUGCAUGAUCAGAUUACAAGGAAACAAGGUCCAAAUGCACAUGAUCAGAUUGUCUUCUGUGCAUUCCAUUCAUCCUUAGUGGAAGUCUAAUCAAAGGCGACCACAUGUGUGCUGUGCAUGCGUAAUAGCAAUCUGGAGAUUUGGAUCGCAGGCUCCCCUUGUCACCCACAAAUAUUUUGUUUUUGCACUCCUGUUUUGCAAUUUUCUUGGUCACCAGCAAGAAAAUGUAAAUGGUUGAUGUUGCAUUUUAUGCUCUGGUCAUUCUUGUGUCUGCAGAAUCCAGAUGAUCCUUCAUCAACGCAGAAAUUCCAAGAACUGGGACAUGCAUACAGGCGAUUAAUGGGUAAGAGUUCAUAUUUCAUAAGCGGGUCACUGCAGAAAACCAUGUAUUGGAAUGCUUGAGGAACCAGGCACAACGCAAAAGAGCUUCUCUAAUUUUGACAAGGUGAAAGUGAAGUGGGCAGGUACACUGCAGUUAAAGCUGUCAGUAGUGUAAUCUGCACUGAAGUGGAUGAUUGUACACCCUUUUCAAAAAAUGGAAAGGUAUAAUGACUCACAUGUAUACAGAUAUUGGUUAUAAGCAUUUAAGGCAUUGAUAUACAUUCUUUCAUACGUGUAAACAAAAUAAUAAUAAUUGUUAAUUAGCGGUAUUUAUUUGUAUCUGCUCCAUUACAUGCAGCCGUCAAAUACACUUAGGCUUAAAAGUCUCCUUUCAACCACUUGUUUGGGAUGGAAUAUCUGUUAUGAUAUGAUAUUGCACUCAUAAUUCAGUCAUGUAUAUCAAUAAAAAUGAUGAUGAUGAUGAUUAUAAUUCCCCUUAACAGUGUUUAUGGUGCAAAUGUUAGUAAGGCCAAUCAAACAACUGUUAAAGCAAAUAUUAAGUACCGGUAACAGGAUUAGGGUUAGAAUCCGAACUGGCAAUAGGCAAACCAUUUGGCUAUUUACAAGCAUGGCCUUGGGACUACUGCGUAAAAAUCCAGUUGGGCGGUACUUGAGCUCUGGACCGGCAUCUAUCCACUUGCUAGCUCGAGUAUUGCAAGCAGCUAACAGUGUCAGUUGUAAGCAUGUGGUAUUCAUGCUGUUGUUAGCAAUAUGUGUCCUGUAUUGGUCCCUAUGGAGGAUUGUCAAAAGUUGUAAGAAUAAUUUUUUUUAUUCAAUACUUUUUAAGUGAUGGCCCUCUUUUUUCUUAUAAUGUUUUUUUGUUACUUUUCAAACUUUUAUUGAAUCCUGCACAGCGUUACAAUACUAAUGUUACAUGGCAAUGCAUGAUAUUACAUUGCAAUAAAUUACAAAUACAUUACAUUACCUUACACUAUGAACUUAAUGGUAAAGUAACUACAGUCGAAUCCCGAUAACUCGAACCUUCAAGGGAAAUAGAAAACAGUUCGAGUUAUCGAGGGUAAAAUUAUAUAGAAAACGAUCUGAAGGGAAAUGAAAAUUGAUUCGAGUUAGCGGGAGGUUCGAGUUAUAGAGGGUUCGAGUUACCGGGAGUCGACUGUAUACAAAAAAAGAAAAAUAUGUUCUAAGUAGUGUGUCUGCCCAUUAAUGUGUUGAUUUUGUAAGUCAUUGUUUACUCCAGCGUUUGGAACUAAAGAUCCAACAUUCACUAUGAAUGACACUUGGUGCUUUUGUUUGCUAAGGUGAAGAAGACAGUGAUGAGGAGGAUGAUUACGAUGACGACGAUGAUAUGGAUCUCUGGAGAGAUGUAUGUCACAGCUUUAGACAUUGUUAAUUGUGCAAUACUGUAUAGCUGGAAAGACAGCUGAGUUAUAUGUCAGGGUUUGGAAAAACAACUGGGCAGGCGCCGGUUAAUAAAAUUGUAUCUGGUCAAACUCAUGUUUGCAUGGACACGAUCCAUUCUUUGUUAGUCAAAUAGUGUUCAGUAAUAGCACAUGAAAACUAAUGGACCUCUGAAAGGAUAAGCCUUGUAAUAGAACUAUAUAACAGACACUAAAAAUAAUGGCUAGACAACAAACACAACCAGCCAUCCAAUGUUUUAACCAAGUUAAUAACCAUUUUUGAGCAGAUAUUGCAGAGCAUGGUAAAAAAACUUAAUUUCAGCUAAUCCUUCUUUCAAGUCCUGUAUUUUCUGUGACCGCUUAUGAGCCUCUCUCUCUCUCUAUUAAUUUCUUCAAUACUCCUGUUAAAAACCAUGACUGGCUUAUCAGUAUUCCUCAUUUCCCAUGAAUUGGCAUUUUUUAGUCUUUGUUAGCCUCCAGAAAAAGUUUGUAUGAUUUUACUUCAUUUUUGAUAAGAAAUGCAUAUUCCUUUGUCAGGUACCGGAAAAAAAUCUGUGAGGGUGUGCUUAAAAGUAGGCUAAUGAACAGUAUGCUCUAGUAUAGUGUUUUUUGACAGUCCUAUACACAGGGUUCAUACAGUCUUGAAUUCUUGAAAAAGUCUUAAGUUUGCAAAGCAACUUUUCAGACCUGGAAAAAGACUGGAAGAUAAAGAUAAAGUCUGGAAAAAUGGUAAAAAUUGUGUGUUUUUUUUUUCAAAGUUACAGCAAGUGCUUAAUAAGUGAAUUUUUUUCUGGUAGUCAAAUCCCAUUCAAUCUUGCCCGCAGCUAAGAAUUUAAUCAUAGAAAGAGAAAUUUCAUAACUCUCUUACGUUCGCACUGCACCUUUGUUACCGUACAUUUCCAAUACAUCAUGAAAAAAGCUUGGUUCCUGCUGUGUUGUUCAAGGUCUCUAUUGAUUACCUAUUCGAUAACCUUGAGUCCAGAAAAAUAAAGUCUUGUUUUGGAAAAAGUCUGGAAAAAGUCUUGAAUUUUGGAUCCAAAAAUCUGUACAUGUGCAAACCCUGGUUACAAAAUGUUGAAAUUAGAAGAUCAGGAGAUGUAUUUAAUGCUUCUACUUAAAAGUGUUUUUUGAAAUAUUGUCCUCGUACAAAAAAUGCACCAUAAACCUUUUUUGUUGUUGUUGUUUUUCAGUUUUUCUUCUUUUUGUUCAGAGAUGAAAUCAUGGCUAAAGGUAAAUUAGUGUCAAAAGUAGUAUUAUAAAACUAUGCAAAUUAAGCUUGAGUAAUGGCAUUAUUAAUUUAUAAAGGUUGAUGCCAUUUUAUUUUGAUACACAAUGUAAUCUCUGCCAAAAGUACCCAAUCAGUAGAAGACACUUGGGUACAUGUACUUAGGUUGUUAGGUACAUGAUGCAGGGUGUGCCAAAACUUAUGUGCGAUUGUCUAGGACAGGUAGAAAUUUAGUUCAGACAUGUAAACCUUUAACAUGACUUGUCCGUGGGACAAGUGCAUUUUUAAUAAGAAAAAAUAAAGAAAAAGCUGAAAAUUGCCUUCAAAUUACAGUAGAAUAUUCAAAUUAAUCUUAAAAGUCAUAAAAGCAAACCUUUUACCUGACAAAAUAAGGUUUAAUAUUCCUUUUAACUUUGCCAUCCCACAGUCAUUUCAUUUUUGUUUUUAGGAGUUCCAUUUUAGGUUUAAGUCAAAAACAAUUUAUGAGGGUAAUAAGGUGAUUAGAAACAUGAAAUACCUGAUUGUUUUUGAGUUUUGAGUUUCGAGCCAAACUUUUUGGACAAGAACUCUUGGAUUUCAGACAACCAAAUUUGAUAAUUAUAGUGCUUGUCCGUAGGACAAGUAGAUGGGAAAAUUUUUCUCUUACUCUGUACAUGUAUGAGUAUAUCCUCUGUGAAUUAUUAAUAUCUUCUUAAACUUUUGUAACGUUUAGCUGGCUCUAUGCACAUAUACUCUGUUAUAUUAUAUUUUUACACCAUACAAGAUGGAAAUGAACCUAAUGUAUUUUUCUCUUAUUUAUUAUCAGCAGUAACUGCAUGUAUUUUCUUUCUUAUUUUAUUGUAGUUAGAUGUAGAUGCAAGAAAUGUGGAAGGUAUGUGUACCAGUAAUAUACCAACCUCCAAGCUCAACUUGAUCUCCUUUUGGCAACCUCAAAUAAUGGUUGCAACACAUAAAACAUUGGUCACCAAGGAAAAAAAAAACACUUUGUACAAUAUUACAUGAAGAGUUAACCGAAAUACAGUAAUAAUAAUGACAAUAAUAAUGUUUAUCCAGGGAGCCCACUUGCAUUAGCAGUUUACAGUGGUGCCCUGCAAAUCAUAAAUGACAAGAUGACAAAAUGACAAAAAAAAUGACCUACUUUAUAAAAACUAAGAAAAGGGAUAAAGAUUGAUUUACAAAUAAAACUAAUUUUAAAAUAGUUUAACAGUUAGAUAGGGCAUUAUUUACAACGUCUUAAACUUUGCCAUAAAUAACCCUGAUAACUCAAACUCAGAUACUUCAAACUCCCUGUUAACUCACCCUACGUUGUAAGUCCACUCUACCUUGGAUUUCACCCCAUCACCUAUCAGUCAUUUUUACUUGGUUAACUGAAACUCAGGUAACUCGAGCUCUUGUUGAUAACUUUCUGCCAUCAGAAUAAUUUAAAAUCAAAAAUAGUUAAUGUAACAAUUUUUUGUCUGAAUUGUCUCCUUUUUAGUGGAGGUGAUGAGGAUGAUGAUUUUCUAGCCUCGCUGGCAAAGGUACAUUUAAGUUCUAAUUGAUGAAGUCACUGUCGUAUUGUCAGGGUAUUAUGGCAAGUUGAGUAAAGAUGUUAAAAAAUAUAUCAUGAGAAAGAAGUUUAGAAUGUUUAAACUAAAAAUCAUUUUAUCUUAGUUACUGGUACCUCAUUCUCCCUAUUUCAACGUUGGUUUACAGAGAACGAGUUGGCCAUUGUUCCUCUGUUGAAGAAACUAGCUCAUAGACCAGACCACAUUUUUCAGAUGUACGUGCUAACGCUCUAGGCAACGAGUCGCUGCAACAUGACAUGGCGGCAAAUCACUCUGUGUGAAGAGGUCGGGCAUUAAGUUGCUGCAACAAGUUACGCAACGUGUCGCAAUAACAAAUAGCUUUGUGUCUACUGGAGAAUUUUUGUGCAAAUCUUGGUCUCUGCAACAUAAUUUUGUUGCCACAACAAGUCUGACAAAUUCUUGCAGAUUUGAUUUUGUGACUUGUUGCAGCAACAAAAUGCUGUUGCAAAGUCAAAUAUCUUCACAAAAAUUCUUCAGUAUACAUGAAGCGAUUUGUUGCCCCAAUGCUUGUCAUCUAGUGCGUUCUGACCAUGUCCCUCUUCAGCAAUUUUUUUGCAAUGUAAGUUUCUGAUCCUCAAAUAUUGGUGACAAUUGUUGCUCUGUAUUGAUUUAUCAUUGUAGGAGCAAGAAGAGAAAUAUCAGUUCACAGAAGAAGAGGUAUUUAGUCAUGCUUACCUAAACAUAGAAAAGGAGCAUUAUUUUUGUGGCAAAGUAUUUAGCACAAAGAACUUGUUGCUGGGCAGUCUCCAAGGGUCGAGGACCAGGAAUUUUCCCUGGCUAGUAUGAGCAUGUCCUCCUGGCUAUUUUCAUAGGAAACAUAGGGGAAAUAAAACUAAAAGAAUAUUACAGCUAUUCAAAUCUUAGUGACAGUCAUCAAGCAAACUGUUUUUACAUCCCAUCCUGGCCAUGGAGACAAGACGGCCAUUUCUAUUGGUAACCUAAGCUAUGACAAGGUAUAGCCAUUUGCAGGUCAAAGGAAGUUCUGUUCUUCUGCCUUCCUCAUUUUAAGAUCUUGCAUAUUGGUCCAGCCCAGUGACAUCCCACUCUGCAGAAAACAGUGCCACUCAUUGGCUUUUAUUUAGAUAGUCACAUGCUGGGCAGCAUGUCAGUUAAUUCUUUCAAGCAGGGGGUCAUAUGGACCAUCUGAGGGGUCACCAAGACCACAUGCUAAUUUGUCGUCAUCUGUCGGGUCAGGAAGCCUUCUUUGUCGGGUCAUUAACACAACAUGGAACACUGGUUGGGGCUUAUAAUAUCAUUUGUUACCAUUUUAUGUAUACCAUAAGAUUGUACCUUUGGAUAUGGCAAUUGUAAAUAAUAUAAGCUGAGUGACUACGCUUCAAAGUUAUGUCAGUUUAUAAUGUAUCAUUCUUCCAAGAUUGUGUCUCACACAAAAAAUGCAAUCAGUCGAAGAAGAACAUGCCCUUACCAUCUAUAGCAAUUAAUUUGAUCAAAUAUUAUCAGAUAUGUCAUCCUUAAAAUCUCUGGUAGUUGUAAAAUUGUGUUUCUCUUGCAAUCCUGAGGUUUUUGGUGUGGUUUCUUUCUUUUUUCAACAGAUGGCCCAGUUCACAAGUUUUGCAAGUCUUAAAGAACAAAGAGAGGCAAACAAACAAAAAUUUUGUAAUGUGAGUAACAACAAGUCAUCAAAAACUGUUUACUUGUAUAAACAAGCACUUAUAACCUCAUUUAUCAUUACAACAUUUUAUUUGAUUUUCUUCACAGAAGAACAUAUCUAGCCACAAACCUGAGCAGAAAUCAGAUAAGGGGAACAAGGUAAGAUUUCUUGAAGUUUCUGGCUUUGUUUUUUAAACAGUAUAGAGAUGUGAGAUACAGCAGACCUUCAAAAUGCUCCUGCUUUUUACUUUUGGCCAAAAGCUUACUUUUUAGGUUUUUACUCUUCCCCUCCUUCUUUUUAUAUUCUUUUGUAAUCAUUCAUUCCACACACUGGUUCAGGGAUUUUUCAGUGGCAGUGUUAAUGGGUCCUGUAAGGUCGGCUUUGGCUGGUUGCCAUAACAGCCUCUUAGCUGCUGAGCAGAUUGUUUCCUUUCUUUGAUGCUACCUUUAUGGUACAUUACCUCUAGUUCUUCAGUUGACUUAGAAUUUAAUGGUGCUGUUUUUUCAAAACGUUUUCAUUACGCUGCAGAAGGAUUCCCGUUGAUACCAGUCUGUGGCAUAGGGGUAUCCAGGUUAGCUACAGAUAAUCAUUUAAAGAUGAUCUCGCGGCCAGUCUUUUAUAGGUUGUGGAAUGCAUUACUGGUAGGGGUGCAACCGUGACCCAACAAACAUAAUUAUAAGAAGUGAGUCAGUAUCAAUUUCAAUCCAGGUAAUCUCAGGCUCUCAAUAUUCCCUUUUAGCCAAAGCUAAAGAGCAACAAACAGCUAAAACGUGAACAGUGGAAAAAAGAAAAGGUAAGAGCCAUUCUUUUUCUAUGUUCCUUCUGCUGCUGUUUGAAUUUAAUGAUACAUUAUUCAACUUAUCGGUAAUUUUUCUGCUUUGUAUUCAUUAAUUUACUUUUUAUUUCUGUUUUCUUUUUCUUAUUUGUAGGAAAUAUCUGAAAUAGCAGCUCAAAUUAAUCAAAAUCCAAAACAACAAGAAAAAAAGGUAUGUUGUGCAGCUUUGACAUGAACCAUAGGGACCCCUACUCACUGCUGCUGAGUUCGCCAUUUUCGUCAAAUUUUCCACCUUCUAAGGGACCCCUCUUCACAUCCCAUGUUCACCAAACCCUGGUGAAUUUUCACGUUAUAUGCCAUUUUUGCCACAUUCCCUUGGUUAUCACCUUUUUCCAUGUUGAUUAUGAAAAUUUGUCAAAUUCACCAUUUUUGUCGUUUUGUGCAUUUUAGGAUGGCCAGGUAAAUUUUUGGUUUCUUGAACAGGCUCUCCUUAUGCUGUUGAACCCUAUUUAAAGAGACUAAGACAUAAGAGCCUUUGAGUCCAUUGCAAGAUUGUCAUCUUUCUGUGAUUUAUCUCAAUUAUUGUUACAUUUGGUCCUAGUUAUUUGUAAAACAAUUUUGGAGAAAAAAUUUACAAAAUGUUAAAAUCACCAGAAGAUGAAAACCAUUGUCUUUUAUCUGUUGAGUUAACUAGAUCUUUGUCCAAACUCUUUCAAUUUGUUGUUUCAUCACAGGCAUUCAAGAAGAAAGACCAUUACCUAGAUAAAAGGUAAAUAAUCCAGUCAACAUAAAACCAUUUCUGAGUUGGAAAAAUUCCCACUUUCAAGUAAAUGUUAUUUGUUUUGAAUAAGAAGCUUGGGAGAAAGGGAUUGUUGCUCAAUUUCCAAGUAUUUGUUAAUUCAUUCAUAUGUUUGUUUAGUUUUACGGUUGAUUUUACUGAAAUGUUACUUUAUUUUACAGCUCCAAUCAACCUGUGACUUUGGAGACAGACUCUACUAAAGAACAGACAGAUCAUGCUUCUUACAAUAAGAGGAAUACAAGGAAGAAAAGGAACCGAAAAGUAAGACUGCUUCCGUAAUAAGGGUUCUACAAGUUGUUACCUUUCUAACAGUAGGGUUAUGUUACCCAUAUUCUUCAACUACUUCAUAGGAAUUCAGAGGAGUUAAUCAAAGGGCAUCAUAAUGUUGUUUCAUGUUUUCCUUCUGAGAAGUUGAAUAUGCCACAUACUUGUCAACAUAAGGUUACUUUAAAUGAGACUUUUAACUUUUAUCCCCUGAUUUCGAUGGUUGGCGAAAAUGUCAGGUUAUACACUUGUGUUGAUCUCUGUUUAUAAGUGUAUGGCAUUGAGGAACCUGCCAAAUCCUGGCCUUACCUGAUAUAAGUGCUUGUUUCCAAAUUAACACCAUGGCAAAUGGUGCAUUUAUAAAAGCAGUUUUCCCAUUUUGUCAAAAGUUUUGACUGGCAGACUUGCAGCAAAUGGGAACAUUACCAAGAGACAAACUGGCAUAUCAAUAUUUUUAUUUAUUGCAACAUGCAUACUGCAGUGUUUUUUUUUGUUAUUUAACACAGUUUCCUGGAAUGCUCCCAAUAAGGCAGCCUGAAAAGCUUAACCUGUUUUAUAUUACACCCUUUUUAACUAUCAAAAGUAAUUCCUAACUUUUCUGUGAAACAUUGCUUCAGGUCAAUGUUAUUGAUAUAAUGCAAAGUUAGAGAGAAAUAGUUUCAGUACCUGUAAUUGAAAUUUAUGUACAAUCACUCUAUACCUACUAACAUAACAAAAACGAAUUCAUAGGCUAUUAGAUCUUGUUUGUCAGGUCAUCUCCGAUAUUGUUUUGGUCAGGUGAUAUUACUUAUCUUAGAGGUAUUUUAUCAUUCUGGUUUGGCAAAAUAGUUACGAUUUUUUCUCUUUAGAAAUCAAGGAAACAGGAAAACCAAGAAACAGACUGUAACCAGGAAAGAAGUAAUAGUUUCAGAACCACUUUCCAACAGAGAGUAGCCUCCAGCUCAGUAACCCAAAAUGGCAUCAAAAAAGUCCCUCUUAAACCAGAGACCACCAAGAGACAAGAUGAUGUAACACUGCCACAUCACACUAAUUAUGCUCAACAAAAAAUGAAGCCAUCCUGCAAUCACAGAAUUUUACCAGAAAUGGGAAAUAACUCAGCCGUAUGCCCCAAAUGGGUAGGUCUUGGGUAUUAAACAUACUUGAUAAACAUGAGCCAUCAUAUAAGUUGCUCAUACUAUGAAGUAAAGUUAUCCAGAAAAGAGUGAAGGAAAAAUCGAGGUAAAGCUUCAACUUCUAAAUCAGGGUCCCAUGAAUGACCUACUCAAGUAUUCUGAACGUUUUCAGCUGAUCAAGCAACCAACCGAAUUCCCCAAUCACCAGGUAACCCUUAGACAGACUAUUUUGCAAUUUACAAGUUUUAAAUGGAGAGAAAUAAUUAAGGAUAUUUGAAGCAUGAGAUAGUCUUGUUUACCCAAGAGUGAACAAGGGAAAACAAGAAAAAACGGAAAAUGAUAUGAAACAAGAAUGCUACUAACUUAAACGAGUUCAGACUUCAUAUCAAUCAUUUUUUUAUUUUAAUUUUUUUCAAUCAAAUAACCUGUUCCAGGCGUUCAGAUAGUACAGCACGGGAGAAAAAUUCACGAAAAGAAAAGGAGGGGAAACUAGAGGGGGAAAGGGGGAGAGAGCUCUCGCUCUCGCUCUCCGCCCCGUUUUGCCGGUGUACAAUUUAACUCGCUCCCCACUGACCACCGCGCUCUACUAGCGGAACGCCUGGAACAGGCUAUCAAUCAAAGAACUGGGAUGCUUGGUUGACAAUUGUUAUUUUUAUUAAUCUUGCAAUAUCUGCUUUUGUAUUGCAGCCUGAGAGAGGGUCGUUUCAAAAUCCCAGAACAGUUGCUACAGACUCAAGAACACCUUGUGCAUCAAACAUUUGGCAAAAGAGACAGGAAAAACAGCAGUUCCUGGCAGAACUUCAACCAGCUAAUCAAACAGAUGAGGAACUGCAACUAAAAAUCGCUUUAGAACUGAGUAAAAAGCAAGCAGAAAUUGAUGAACAGCAAAGGUAGAGAUAAAAAUUUCCGGAAAACCCAAAUACAGUUAAACCUCCGGUCCUCCCGUCGCUUACAGGUGGUGGUUGAGUACGAGAAUCAACCCACAGGUGAUCUCUUCCGAGAAGAGUUCACGACACAUCUACAUUUUGGAGGAAAAUUUAUUGCAUGCACUUUCUAAGUUAAGAUGUGUGCACUUCCAUGUUGUUACUCAGUGUUCUUGAUAUACCCUGAGUGGCAAAAAAAAUACUGCAAACAAAGAUGUCACACCAUGCAUCAAGCGGUCGCUUACAAGAGGUUAAAAACAAUGGAAAUUAUAAAACUGUCUGCCCAAAGAGUGGUCACGGUCACUUGGGAGAGGUGGUCAUUUACGAGAGUUUUUAAUAUUAUAUAGAGGGGCUUUGACUGGAAAAAUGUUGGUGUUUUGUAUAGACUGUUACUUAUAGGAGGUAGUCGCACAUGGAGGUUCGACUGUAUUGUCAGAAAUAGGCAGCAGUGGUUAAAAUAACUGAAGCAUUUCAAAAAAAACUUUGUAAUUGUUCUGACCAUCUAGACGUACUAACAACAUAGCAAAGGGAUUAAAAAAUGCAUUGAUGCCCAUACUUUUUUCACAUUAUGUGUGCCUCAGCAUACUCUCUCUCACUAUUCCCUCCUCCCUCCUCCCUCCUCUCAAGAAAGAUUAAGGACGUUAAAAUAGUUGUUGCAUUGAAGGUAGACUGAGAUAUACGAAAAAAACUUGACUUACCUGUUUCUUCUUUUCUUGGCAGAGAAAUCAGCAUCUUGGAGAAACAAGUGAAGGAAACACUUCACAUUGGAAAGAGUGCUCAACUGGAGUCUGUGGGCAACAGUGGUUCCACUGAUCCUGGUGGUUAUCCACCUGCAGGGGAUUCCCUUUGGAGUGAGCAAGAAUAUGAUGUGGUGGACCCUUUGGAGAUGGAAGAACAAUGUGAUGCGGAGGAAGAGUGGGUUGUGGCUUCAGCUAGUGAAGAAGAAUGGGGUGAUACUGAUAAGGACGAUAAUGAGGCCGAUGAAUUUGUGCCAAUGACCGAUGAAGAUGAGUGGGAUAACUCUGGUCGCGGUGGAGCCGAAGGGGCUAAGAGCCCCCUGAACUCUUUCAAUGACCCUAAUGAGAAGCACCGAGAUAAAUUGCCUGCCAGCAGCUGUGACUUUGGUGGAAGAGAUGAUGUAAUGCUGCAUAACUCAGUAAUGCAGUUGUCUGAGUAUUCUGCAGAUGACGGCCCACAAGCUUGUCCUUAUGGGAAGAAUUGUUGCCUGGGAAAGCGGUGCAAGUACUCCCAUCCUGUGUCUGUUGACAAGAGGAAGAGACAAAAAUCAUUUAUUGACGGGUUUGUAACUCAGGAUGAGCAUGACUCUACCAGAAGUGUGAAAAAGGAUGUUGAUAACAAUGACGUUCAUAACUUUGAGGAAAAACAUGACGUUUCGCUCGGUGUGUCUGGUAAAGAGCUACCAGUGUCUACUUUCUCUGAUGUCAAUUAUUCUGCAAUCAGCAAUGGGCGUUCACUCAGCACGGCAAAAGCUGACCCUGACGAUUCCUCCCCAAACGACCCUGUGGAAGUUAUAGAACCAGAAGUAUCUGCGAUGAAACUCCGUGAAAAUUCCAACCAGCCUUUACCAGUUACCUCCAAAUUUGAAAACAUUAGCCCAUCUUUGAUGAACAAUAUUAUGCCUGGCUUGAAGUCCUAUGAAGAUGGGCCAUUACCAACUCAGGAGAAGCCCAAAAUGAGCAGUGCUAUAAACAGUGACGGUUAUGGAGGAGUGGAACGCGUCAAAAAUGCUGCAAGCGUCCAGGAAAAAGAUGCUGCCGUUUCUAGUGCAAAUGUUGGGAAUUCUCCACCUCUCGCAACCUUCCCAUCCACAGGUGCAGUAAGACAGCCGGCCACUACUAUGCCACAUGUUGGCAAUUUAUCAGCUGAUGUGAAAGUUCAAAAUUCAGCAUAUCGUACCAAUCAGCCCAUUAACUACGUUAAGCCACUUCCAAGCUCCUUGCCAGUGGGCUUCUCUGCUCCUUUCUCUCAAAGUACUGGACAAACUGAAUUGUUUUCUGGGAAUACACGUGAACUACCGCAGAACACAGCAGUUCCAUGUGCUGGUGGUGAUGUACCACCAAACUCGGGAACCGGUCAUCAGUCGUCCGCUGUGGAGUCCAGGCCUUUAACCCAGCAGCCCAUGGCUGUGAAUAAUUACCCGUCAAUGCCAGGUUUCCCAUUAUUUCCUUUCGGAAAUCUUCCAUUUCUCAAUACUGCAAAUGUUGCUUUACUUAAUCAGAGCCUACUGGCAAUGGCAUCUUUAGGUAGAAUGCCCCUUCCAAUAAUUCCUGGACCCUCUAGUGGUGUGCUGAGCUCACCACAAGGAAGAGGGAAUGCGAUGUACUCAGGAAUGCCGUCGUCACAUAGCAUGAAAACCAUCGAUGGCAGUGGCGUAACAACAAACGUUGGCACUCUGCCCACUUCUUCACUCAUUGGUCAUCCAGGAGCACCAGGGGUAGAUAAUGCGUCGGGAAUGGGGCCUCACCCGUUGCAGUCAUCCCAAGCAGGAGUUGUCACCAGUGGCAGUUCUCAAGCAAUGCCACAGCUAAAUUGGCUAUCCGGACUUCCGCUUGCAGCAGCCAUUCAAGCAUCAGGGUAUCCACUGCAGCCUUCACAGUUAGGCCCUCCAAACGGUUCACAGUCUACAGUACAAGCCAUGCCACCAGUUGGUGGGUCUGCAGGAAUUUCUUUGGGAAUGCCCAUGUCAGGGGCAGCAGUACAGCCCUCGCAAUGCGUAACCAACACCAGUUCGUUAUCUUCGAUGGGUUCCAUGCUACCACUACAAGUAAAAGCUUUAACAGGAAUGCCAAACGUGUUCGGUGCAGGCCUUUCUCAAGCAGGCCUUGCCGCUAUUCCUCAAUCCUCAGCGCUAGAUACGUCACAGCUGCUUGGAUUACCGUUACCUUUGGUCAACUCGCAAGUACUCUUUAACAUGAACGCGCAGAUGGCCUCUUUGGGAGUGCCAUUGGUAAACCCUUCGGUAAACCCUUUGGAUGACAGUCAGACAACAUUGAAAUUACAGUCUGGGCUGGUAGCGUCGCAAAUUCAAACCAAUGGAGAUGCUCACAAAGUGAAUACAGUCAAACAACCUGGCUCUGAGGUACAAAAACCAGCGGAGCUGAGGAUUGAAGAAGGAAGAGAAUGUAGUGGUUUUAGGCCGAAAGCUCCAUCCUUGAGAAGGCCAUCUACAGGUAAUUCUGAAUGAUUGACAAAACGUUUAGAGCAUGUUGUGUUAGAUUUUCGCGUACUAUCAUGUAUUAGACAGAUAUAGCAAAGGUAGUAGGGAGCUUUAGCAACAGCGUUUGUGAUCGACGGACGUCAACCGGAAGUGGACUUUUUUGCAUCAUUGAGCAGUGGUUUGGCUCAAACGCUCGGGUAAAUCGUCUUUAUAAGAGAAAAGAACCUUAGAAAUACAGAUUAGUUAGCGUCAAGGCAUACAUAUAGUGAGAAGACCUCACUUCCGGUUGACGUGCAUCGCUCAAAAACGCGGUUGCUUAAACUCCCUAGUGAUCCAACAAAAACGGCAACAAGACCAAUUGUAAGUGCCGGUAUUUUUGGAUUUUAACGUCUCGUGCACGAGACAGCCUUCGCUACAUUUUGCAACCCCCCCCCCCCCCCCCUCCACCCUUAUGAAAUCUAGCGUGGUAAUAGCUAAUUCUACCGACAUACCAGAAUUUUUCAAGAAAUGGGCAGUCCAGGCCAGGUAGAGCUUAAGGUCCACCUGACUGAAAUUGCAGCAGAACUGAAUUUUUGAGCUUUUGUCCCUGUUUGCUCGGUAGAUAAAUUUGGGUGGCGAAUCCAUGAAUUGCAACCUCGCCAGCCACAUAACACUGGUCGUUUUUGAGCUUGCGCGUCAGAACUUGUCAAUGUUGUACCGAAUUGCACUAUGGGUCUAUUUAAGGUGCGCCCAGGAAACGGCAGCAAAAGUCCCGACCCAGUCUCAAGGGAAGACCUUAGGUCCAGCGGUUUUAGUGAAAACAAGGGUUUGGGUCAAGGGGUGCUCAGUCUUGCGGGUCCAUAAAAACUGGUCUCGGUCGUUCUUAUUUAAGGAUUUUCAGUCUCAAGCGCCUUCUCAAAAUGGCCUUUUCGUCUUCUGUAUCUUUGAGUUUGUUCAGCUUAUUGUGCCACGUAUUUGAAAGGUCGUUAACUUUAUACCUUUGUUGAAUUUAAUACGGAAGUACUAAAUUUCCCUCCAAAUUAGAUGAGUAAGUAUGGCAUGAUAGUCCUUGCAUGCAGUACUACCUAAACAGACUUUUCACAUUUUCAACAUUAACAAGUUAUAUAUGGUAUUCAAAAAUAGGUUCUUAUUCCUUAUUUUUGGCAGUACCUAAAGUUAUCCAACAUCAGACAUUAAAGUAAAUGAGGCUGCCUACACCAGCUUUGCUGUUGCCAAGAUGCUGAGGUUGAGACCUCGUCAAGUUUGCAUGGUUAUCAGAAAGGAAUAUGUCACUGCGUUUGCUUUAAAAGCAGAAUAG